GCAUUCAGCGGUUAUAAUAUAGAUUCAAUUAUCGUAAUGUUCGCCAUCAGCUGUUCUAGUGACUCUCAGAAGGGUGAUACAGAAAAAACACCUUAUUUAAACCGAACUAAUAGGGUCAGGAAGUGCAGUGGCUUGCAGAAGUGAACUCAACAGAUGGUUGUGCUGUAGGUGGGGCAGCACGAUGUCUAAUGCUUUGAAUUUAUUACUUUAAGUUGCAUUAGCUUGGUUGAAAACCACAUGAUAUACUCAAGCACUGGAUGACCACAACUAAACCAUGUCUGUACCACGUGGAGCUGUCCAUGCAAAAUGGAUAGUAGGGAAAGUCAUAGGAACCAAAAUGCAGAAGACUGCCAAAGUGAGAGUGACUAGGCUUGUACUGGAUCCUUACUUACUAAAGUUCUUUAACAAGAGGAAAACCUAUUUUGCCCACGACCCGUUGCAGCAGUGUGUUGUUGGAGACAUUGUUCUUCUUAAAGCUUUGCCUGAGCGAAGGAGCAAACACGUGAAACACGAACUGGCUGAAAUAGUUUUCAAGGUUGGAAACGUCAUCGAUCCAAUCACAGGGAAGCCCUGUGCAGGAACCAGGUUCCUUGAAAAUCUAUCUGAUUCAGAAAACCUGACAGAGGCAGAUACCACCUAUCUAAGUGAAAAACUCCAGGAACUUAAAGUUUGUUCAACAGACAAAUAGUAGAGAAAAAAGAAUCAAACGGGGCUUUUCCAGCUCAUCUCUAUCAGGGAUGUUUGGGGCCCUGAAAUUGUAUGUUAAAAAUGUUUUGGUGAAACCUGUAGUCAAAAUAUAAGUAGCAAAUGUAGUUGCUUCUAAGAACAGGAUGUUCCAGAUGGGAAAAACUUGGUGCCUCAGAUGAAACUAUGGAAAAUGUGAGUUAAAUGUUAACGCUUUGUUUUGUUGCAUGUAGUUCUGCCCAAAGCCUUGACACUUUCCAAAGCCAGCUGCUCACUUGAAAUGACUCUUGUUAUACCGAGAGAUGAAAUUACUACCAUAUGUGGUAGGAGAGUCAUUCUAUUUUAAUUGUUCUGUAUUUCAGGCCAUCUUUUGUGAUUUGUAGGCUUUAAAAUGCUAUUAAACCUUUUGAAAUGAAGUUUAGGAGCUUUACAAGGA